CCUCGAUGUCUCCUGGGAACUACAAACUGUUUUGACCGCCAUUUUACAUAUUAUCCAGAAGCAUAGAUAUAUCUUGUCGAUCCUUUCGAAUGGUUCGCAAAUGGCUAUUGUAGUCUCGAGAAGUAUUUGGUGCGUAAUUAAAAAGCCUGUUAGGUCUUGGGUAGACAGACUGUCCAGCAAUAAUGAACAGCAGAAGGGAAAAAGCUGAUAAAGGCGUGUCUGUGGAUACCUUCAUAAAACAGAACACAUUGCGCUCAAGUCUGAACCGAGAGAUACGUGACUUCAAGGUUGUGUUGGAUGAAAUUGAUGUUGGAAAGUGUAUUCCAUUGCCAGGGAAUGUUGGAUUUUCAAUACAGUAUUUGCCAUCUGCUGCAAAACACCUUGGCAAGAAGAGAGUGGGUCAUGAUGUGUCAGGAGACUCCACACAGAGGAAAUCUAGACGAAUUUUGAUUACAAGCAGGUGUUGUUCUAGUACCUGUCUUGGGUGCACAAGUGGAGAGAGAUGCGAUAAAGUCAAGCGACGUGAUCCAAGGGUAAAGAACGCGGCAAGAAUGAGUGUUAGCGCUGGAAGAAAGAAGAAUCUUGCAAGAUCCCGUCCUGGUUCUAUGCCUGUUGCAUUGAAUAAAGGUAAAGUGUCUUCGAACAUGCCUGCAGACAAAGUUACUUGUUUCCUGGGAGAGGGAGAAUUGCAGCAGCCAAUGCACAUGGCAACACCGACUUCUCAAGUGGCCACUCCUUGCCUUACGCUCUCAUCAAGGUUGGUAACUGGCAGUGGUGAAAAUUCCAGCCAUUCAGAUAGUAAUCAGCGUUACGCAGUUCCUCCUGAAAUGCCAAGCCGUCCGUUGAAACAACAAAGAUCCUCUCAUGGCUUGUUAUUACCUGGGGUAAUACCUCAACAAGCGAGUAAAAAUAACUGUAACCGGACAUUUUCAGCUACGGCCAAUGAAGAAUCGUCUUUUUCUUGUGUUUCUUCUGAGGCAUCCAAUUACAGAAAGACGUCAGCAUCAGAUAGUGUGCCUCAUAAGGUUCAUGAUGUAGUUACUCAAAUAAACACUGUAAAAGAGAUGAGUUCGUUGUCUUUCAGUAGUCCUAACAUGCACCAUUCGGCAACUCUGCGACCAUUUCCUAGUGCUGCGUCUCCAAACGUGAGGACAGUGAAAGUAGAAGACGCCAACGCACAACAGUAUUAUUCGCCAUCCUCAAUAACCACGGCUCAUUCAGGAAAUUCUUUUGUCGCGCCAUCGAGCAGCCCAAACAUGCAUCCUUCGAGCAAUCUGCGACCAUUUCCUAGUGACGCGUCUUCAAACGUGAGGCCUGUCAAAUUAGAAGACGCCAACGCACAACAUUACCGUUUGCCUUCCUCAAUAGCCACGGUGCAAACAGGAAAUCCCAUUGUCGCGCCUUUAAGCAACCCAGAUAGUCUGCAACCCUUUGUUAGAGCACCCUCUCCAAACGUGAGGCCAGUAAAAGUGGAAGACGUCAAAAAACAACAAUGCCGUUUGUCAUCCUCAGUAACCACGUUACGUACAAGGGAUUCCGUCUGCAUGCCUUUGAGUAGCCCCAAACUGUUUCCUCCGGUCGAUCUGCGAACAUCUCCAGAUAUGACGUCUUCAAACGUUAGGCGAGCAGUAACCACGGCACAAACAAUGUACCCUAUUGUCAUGCCUUUUAGCAGCCCAAGCAUGCAUCCUUCGGGUAAUCUGCGACCAUCCCUUAGUGUGGUGUAUUCAAAUGUCAGGCCUGCAAUAACCACGGCACAUACAGGGAAUUCCAUCGUCGUGCCGUUGAGCAGCCCAAACAUGCAUCCUUCAGGUAAUCUUCCACCAUCCCACAGUAUGGCGUCUUCAAACGUCAGGCCAGUAGAAGUUGUCAACGCACAGCAAAGCCGUUUGCCACAAUCAGGAAAUUCUGUUACUGUGAAUACGGUGCCGCCUCAAACACCCCCAGCAAGUCUCCAGCGGUUUUAUCCUCUAGUAGCAAUCCCUUUCAUUUCACCGUCAGGCUGGCAGCAACCUAGCAUUCAGUGUGUUUCUGUGGCGCCACAACCAACUCCUGUGUAUCCCUUGGUGCAACGUCUUCAUUUUGCCACUGUGAGAGGGUCCUCUAUGAGCAACAGCGUUGAUAUUCCUGAGCCAUCUGCUCAGUCAGUCAGCAGCAGUCUGAAUCAGAACAGGGCCGCCCCCGUCAACACGGACGCUGCUCCUUUAAGGAAUAGUCAUAAGGAAAUAUUACCAAAACCCUGGACUCAAUUUCCUCAAGGUGGAAGUUCAAGCGAAAGAAAGAAACAACUAGACCAGGCAUGUGAUCAGCUCACUCGUUUCUUGGAUGUAGUGACAAGACUGAGCAAAAUUCGUGGUGAUUUUGGUUUUCUUGUUCAAUACUAUCGUAGGACAUGUGAACUAGAUCCCUCCAGUGCGAUAAUCAUCGAUAGCGUAGAGGCACUCAUACAUUUCCUUAACAUCGCGGAGUGUAAGUUGAAGGAAGAAUCCCACGCGCUGCAAAAUUCUUGUCAGUCGUUGCAAUCGCUCAUUAAGAAUUACCAGAAGAAUAUUCGUACUGACGGAAAUAAAUAUCAAAAACUCUUGGACACCAGACUCUGCACAGAGAAAAAUAUUGACUCAAUUAAUGAAGACAAAGCGGCAGAGAUAAAACGAGAUUGUGAUGAGAUGAAAACAGAAUUGAGUGAGCUUCGAGUGAAGAUGGCAGAGCUCCGAAAAGAAAAGGAUGAACUGUAUGAAAAAUGGUUAAAACUGGCUGAUGUAUAGAGACAAGAAGGCUUUUUUAUGCAUCAGCUCAGCUCAGUUCAAACAAUGGGAAGUGGACUGAUUCAUUGUAACGUAAAAUUGACUAGGAAACCUACCUAUUCUCGCGGGCUAUGCAAUUCACGUUUAUAUAGCGUAACUUUCAAAAACGUUUUUCAAUCGUAACAGUAGUUAGUAGAUCAAGCAGCUGUAGAUAACUUUUUCAAUUGAUGGGCGCAAAUUAGUAAACGGGCAAAAAUAACUCCAUCAAGAUACGAAUAUCUAAGACUAUAUAGAUGUUUUCAAUGGAGUGAUGGCUUUUACGGCUAACGGUUAAAAUUUUGGCCAAUUUUGGGCUAACGGUUGAUAUCUUCCCAUUGUUGUCUCCAUAAAUUGUUUUACGGUUGUUUUCUUUUUACGACUAACAUCAGUAUCCGUAUUCUCCUUACUACUCCCUAGACAUUUCCAAGGGUUCUGUCAAGGAGAAUUUGUUCUACUAUCAAGAGCUUCUUUAGUUGGUGAUCAUUUCCUUUAUUCUCAUGACCUUAAUGUUUGAUUCAAGGGUGAUUUUGUAAGGAGAAUCAAGAUGUUAGUCACUCUUAGGGGUUAUAGUGUUAAAUUUGUCAAUUGCUUACACCUGACGGCUAAUUUUUGGCUGUUUUCCGGCUCACGGUUAACCCUAUUGAGACCCUCUGUAAACGUGUUUUUUUUCUUUCUUUGUGAGAAUAUUUCUAUCAUCGAGAUUGCUUGAACGAUACUUAGAAUUUUUUAAUUGUCUGCGAUACACUUUGGUUGCCCUGUAUCGCCGGCAGGUUAACAGCUGCGUUUUAAUUUAUGGAGCAUUUUUGUACCACAAAGAAUGGGAUCGAUAUCAACUGUUCCUUGAAUCCUAUAACAGCUUGGUCAAUUCUCGAUCCUGAGCUCAGUUGGAGCAUCAAGUACAAGUCUUACUUUACCAUUUCCCCCUCAUUUUUUGAAAAACCGUACAAACCUUGAUCGUCGAAAUUUUGGUGUAAUCACCAGUAAGAAAACAUCUUGAUUAGUUGUUUCUUUCCCCAUCUGCCAUGAAUAUACAGCAAUAAUGAUAAAUCCGAAAAAAUUCCUCUUGAAUUUGUAACAAGGUACGCACAAUC